UCUUUUUUUAUUUUAUUUUUCUUUUUGUUUUUUCUUUUUUCUUUUUCUUCUUUUUCACGCCUCUUUAACAUAUAUCACUUAUGGCAGGCUUGGCUUCAAGAGCGUUUGAUGCACCUGAAACAUUACCAGACGGAUCCAUGUUGCAGGUUGAUUCUCCUGAACCUACAUUAUUAAAAGUAGAUACAAUUCAUCCCAGGUUGGAUCGAACUCAGUCUUGGAAAAAUGGUCUGGGUAAAACGUCGGAAAUCGCUAUUUAUCCACCCGACAAAGAUUAUCGCAAAGAUUCAUUCUUUUGGCGAUUUAGCUUGAACGAAAUAGAUGCGGACUUUAACUUUCCUGUUCUGUUGGGAUAUGAAUAUACAACCAUUAUAUUGAAUUCAACGAUUCAUCUCAGUCAUCGCGGCGAAGAAGUAGCGCAUACUGUCAAACCUUUAUUUCCCUAUGGCUGGUGCGCAGAAUGGAUCACUUCUUGUCGAGUGACCCAUGCACCGGUGGAAAGCCUUUUAUUUCUCAUCAAGCGAGAUUUAGGUACGGCACAAUUUUCUGUAGAUAAAAUUGGACAAAAUGAAAAUGGAGAGAUUGGACGUAAGCUCUUGUUGGGCUCCUUUGCUAUCGUUUAUGUGAUUGAAGGUCAUGUUAAAAUCGGUCUCGACGAAAAUGGAAGUCAAGGACGACAUGAUACCUUGUCGGCAGGACAAACUUUAUAUGUAGAACGUGAUGAAGAUGCAUCCCCCACCAGCAUGAUUAUCAAAGCCUCAGAUGAGCAAGGCAACAUCCAUCACCACGACCCAGUAGAAGACGCUACGAUUCUAAUUAUUCAAAUCACGGAAACCAAGACCACGGGAGGAGGUGCUUCUACCGUGGCCUCGGAAAAGGGAGUGACACCCACGACCACCACCGCUACCGCCGCUGCAGAUCAGCCAUCCGGUAUCAAAACGACCACGCUACCUUCCACCAAAGACCAAGAGGAACGACAAGAAAAUGAAAAAAUAGCGCCCAGUAAACUGCGUGAUCCACGGCGUAAAGGUUCUUUGGUCGUGUAUGAUGAUCAACCUUUUUGGAACUUGCCAGAAAAAGUCGUGCAACGGAUGGCUGAACAAGAAGCCCAUGCUUCGGCUUCUGCGAUCCCUACCUCUUCCGAUGAUGUAGGAGGAGAACUCGCAUCCACACUCAAACAAACGCAACCCCCCUUACCCCCCUUACCACCAGCACCAGCACCACCAGUACCACCCCCCUCCGCCGCGACGCCACCCCGACCCACGAGGGGUCCUCAGCGUCGUGACAGUCUCGCCAUGUUGCGAGGCAAAUUAGACGCCAUGCAAAUCUAUGAACCGCCCCACUUUUCCUCUCUCGAUCGUGAUACCGAUGUCCCUCCUCCCAUUAUACGUGAUAAAUUGACCGUAAACGAUUUCCCUGAAAAAACCAUCAGUACGGCUUGGAUCAAGUUGGUCAAGCAAGGCUUGAGCGAAUGGAUCCGUUUGCCCGUCAUUGUCUGUCGUGGUACGGAUACCGAAAGCCAUCCUGUGGUGGGUAUCACAGCAGCGGUCCACGGAAACGAAUUGAACGGUGUACCUUGCAUUCACUGUGUCGUGUCGGAAAUUGAUGUCAAUCAUCUCAAGGGCACCGUCGUCGCCGUUCCCUGUGUCAAUGUGGCAGGCUAUCUCAAGUUUACUCGUGAGUUUGCAGACGGUCGAGACUUGAACCGCUACUUUCCAGGGCGUGAAGACGGGUUUGCAGCUCAGGUCUUUUGUCAUCAUCUCAUGAACAAGGUCAUUUCUCAGUUUCAUUAUUUGAUUGAUCUGCAUACCGCGAGUUUUGGAAGAGUCAAUUCCUACUAUGUUCGUGCCGAUAUGAACGAUGCCACGGCAGCGAGAAUGGCACGUUUGCAACAACCUCAAAUCGUUUUGCAUAAUUCAGGUCAGGAUGGUACCUUGCGUUCCGCUUGUUCAGCCAAAGGUAUCAAAGCCAUCACGGUCGAAAUUGGCAAUCCUCAACUCUUCCAAAGUCAAUAUGUGCAGUGGUCUUAUAUGGGGGUGAUGCGGAUCUUGGAUGAUUUAAACAUGUAUUCUUUAAAUGAGGCAGCGACCAAUGAUAUGGUCAUUCAAGGUCCCCCCAACACCAUCCUGUGUUCCAAAGGCUUUUGGAUCUAUACAAAAACAGGCGGUGUAUUAGAAGUGUUUCCGGGCGUCAAUACGAUUAUCAAGAAAGGAGAUCUCAUUGCACGUAUCAAAAAUAUUUUUGGUAAUGUGAUUGAAGAAUAUUAUGCUCCCUGUAGCGGUAUUGUCAUUGGUAGAAGCUCUAAUCCGGUAGCCAUGUCCGGUGACCGUAUUCUUCAUUUGGGUGUCAUUAAAAAGAAGAGUGAAAGUUUACCCAAAGAAGCCAAAGAAAAUUAUUGAUGAUGAUGAUAAAAGGGUAGGUCUUUUUUAUUAUUCGCCCUCCCAAAAACGAAUAUACAAAACAGAGAA